AUGGCGUCUUUACCAAAGGGCCUCGCCGCCGUCCUGGCCAAGGCCCCGACCGACACGGUGAUCCUCUCCUCGCUGCGCACGCCCGUCUGCCGCUCGAACCGGGGCCAGCUCAAGGACGCGUACCCGGAGGAGCUGCUGGCGAGCGUGCUGGGGGCGACGCUCAAGGCCAACCCGAAGCUGGACCCCAAGGUGAUCGAGGACGUGGCGGUGGGCGUGGUGCUCUCGGAGCUGGGCGGCAGCAAGGCGGCGCGGAUGGCGCUCAACCACGUGGCCGGGUACGACACGCACGCCACGUCGCUGUACACGGUGAACCGGGCGUGCAGCUCGAGCCUGCAGGCCAUCGCGGCCGUGUCGGCGCAGAUCAAGACGGGCAUGAUCAGCGCGGGCAUCGGCGCGGGCAUGGAGAGCAUGACGCGCAACUACGGCAGCCGCGCGAUCCCCGUGGACCUGUGGCCCGAGCUGCGCGAGAGCCCCGAGCAGACGGCCCGGGACUGCAUCAUGCCCAUGGGCCUGACGAGCGAGAACGUCGCGCAGCGGUACGGCGUCGGGCGGGCGGACCAGGACGCGCUCGCGCUCGAGAGCCACCGGCGGGCCGCCCGCGCGCAGGACAACGGCUGGUUCGACUCGCAGAUUGUCCCCGUGCACACGCGGUUCCAGGAGGUCGACAAGCAGGGGAACAAGGUCGGCGAGGAGAAGAAAAUCACGGUGACCAAGGACGACGGCGUCCGGGCCAGCGUCACGGCCGAGGCGCUCGCCAAGCUCAAGCCCGCCUUCAAGGCCGACGGCACGAGCACCGCGGGCAACUCGUCGCAGGUCAGCGACGGCGCUGCGGCCACGCUGCUCAUGCGCCGCAGCACCGCCACCGAGCUGGGCCUGACGUCGAGCAUCAUUGGCAAGUUUGUCGGCGCCGUCACCGUCGGGUGCAACCCGGACGAGAUGGGCAUCGGCCCGGCCCUCGCGAUCCCCGCCCUGCUGGGCCGCCUCGGGCUCGAGAACAAGGACGUCGACCGGUGGGAGAUCAACGAGGCGUUCGCCAGCCAGGCCCUCUACUGCAUCCGUGAGCUCGGCCUCGAGGGCGACAUGGACAAGAUCAACCCGGACGGCGGCGCCAUUGCCCUUGGCCACCCGCUCGGCGCGACCGGCGCUCGCAUGACCAGCACGCUGCUCCACGGCCUGGGCCGCACCGGCGGCGAGGUUGGUGUCGUGAGCAUGUGUGUCGGCACUGGUAUGGGUAUGGCUGGUCUGUUUGUCCGCGAGUAG